GCCCCACGCCCCGACGCCCCAGGGAUGGCCCCUCCGUCCCCCCCGGUCCCGGGUGGGUAUUUAAGGCCGGGCCGGUGGCACCAGGUCCCCCCACCCCCCGGACAUGCUGCGUGCCCUGCUGCUGCUGGGGGGCUUGGCCCCCAGCCUGCCCGCCGGUCCCCACUGGGCAUAUGAGGGCCCCCACGGGCAGCAGCACUGGCCCGAGGGCCACCCGGCUUGCGGGGGCCGAGCCCAGUCGCCCAUCGAUAUCCGGACGCAGCGGGCGCAGCCGGACCCCUCGCUGCCGCCCCUUCGCCCCGUGGGCUACCACCGCCCCGGCACCCCGACCUUCACCCUCGCCAACAACGGCCACACCGCCGUGCUGGGGCUGCCGCCCUCCCUGCGGCUCCAGGGGCUGCCCCGCAGCUUCGCCGCCGCUCAGCUCCAUUUCCACUGGGGCCGGUCUGGUCGUACUGGUGGUGCCGAGCAUCUCCUCGAUGGCCACCGGGCCCCCGCCGAGAUGCACGUGGUGCACUACGACGCGGAGCGCUACGCCAACGCCAGUGAGGCGCAGCACCACACCGGGGGGCUGGCCGUGCUCGGAGUCCUCCUGGAGGUGGGUGCUGACCCCCACCCUGCCUAUGACAACAUCCUGAGCCAUCUCGGGAGCAUCCGCUACGCAGGGCAGACGACAGCCAUCCCCUCCUUCAGCGUGCAGGACCUGCUGCCCCGGCGCCUGGAUCUCUACUACCGCUACAACGGGUCCCUCACCACCCCUCCCUGCUUCCAGGGUGUCCUCUGGACCCUCUUCCAGCAGCCCGUCCGCAUCAGCCUGGCCCAGGGCCCAAGGGGUAUUCAACAGGUGAAGUCGUUGCCAUCAUCUUCGGCACCGGCUCCGGCUGCCUCUGCCUUUUCCUCAUCGUUCACUUUGUGGCCAAGAGGAUGCGAGCGAGGAGGGCGCAGGAACAGGACGUCGUGUUCAAAGCCUCCUCCCGCCACACCCCCUCCGACGACGGCCCUCGCCCUUGAACCCCAGCCCAGGCUGGGCUGUGACAGACCCCCCCAGACCUCCCCCCCCCCAGUACCAGGGGAGCUGCCCGGGGCUCAGCCCCACGGCAGCGGCAGCUCCUGCCCUGGCCCCACUGGAAAUAAAGCCCCUUCCCCACCCCACAGCACUGGUGGCUCAUUACUGGGGAGGGAAAGGGACCCAAUGGGCUUGGGGGCUGGAUCCUGUCAGCCCCAAGAAACCAGGACUCCCCUCAAAACUGGGAGCAAAGCAAAAAAGGGGUGGGGGGGAGAUCAACCCCUCUUCCCCCCCCCAACCCCCAUUACAGAAGUCGCCUCAGUGCCGUGGUACCCAUCGCUCUAUUAAAAGGGUUUUACUCUGAAUCAGAAAAAUAAUUUACCCCCCUCCCAGUUGCACAGCAGAGUAACGAGUUCCCCCGCUGCCGGGGGAAGCAGAAAGGGGGGUGAGUGGGACAGAGCACCCCCCAAUCCCAGCUCCCCCUGCUUCUGCGGAGGCUGAGCAGGGAACGGCAGCAGGCUGUGGUGGUGGGGAGGGGGAGAAAUGCGAGGGAAGGGGGGGUCCUGCCCCGAGCCCCGCAAGCCCCCUCGCACCCCAGGGCACCCGGCCCCACUCCUGCCUCCCCCCGCAGCCAUACCCUGUCAGGAAAAAAAGUUUAACGGCAGCCGCUAACGGGGUUGCCCACAAGCACUGGUCGGAUCCCCCCC